GGAUUUUGUCACGCGAUGGCCAGCCGGCCAGCUCGAGAGACUCGGUUCUCGAUUAAAACAGGGACUAUCGAGCGGCCUACGUCGCCUUUUGCACACCGUGUCCCCGUAACGUGUUACAAAACGCGAAAACGAAUCUCUCCGUCUGUUUCUGUGACGCGACGUCGGCCCAAUUCGCGUGUGCCAAGUGUUGUUUCCGCGAUCCCCACAAUUUUUUUUCCUUCCCUUUCGACACGAUUCUCCAAAGGAGGUGAACGACCAGGCGUUGUCCUCGUCGCGUUGUUAACGACGGACAAGAUCGAAGCGAGCAAGCCGAAAACCUUCGCGUUCGAUCAUUGUUUCUAUUCCCUGGACCCGGCCGUGGAAAACUUUGCGAAUCAAGAUGUGGUGUUCGACGCCCUGGGUCGCGACAUUUUGGACAAUGCGUUCCAAGGUUACAACGCCUGCAUUUUCGCCUACGGUCAAACCGGGUCCGGGAAAUCGUACACGAUGAUGGGAAGCGGCGAGAACAAAGGUAUCAUACCACGGCUGUGCGACAACCUCUUCGACAUGAUCGCGAAGCAGCAGAGCUCGGAGCUUACUUACAAAGUCGAGGUUUCCUAUAUGGAGAUCUACAACGAGAAGGUGCACGAUCUGCUCGAUCCAAAGCCGAACAAACAGUCGCUGAAAGUCAGGGAACACAAUGUCCUGGGCCCGUACGUGGAUGGACUUAGUCAGCUCGCCGUCACAUCCUUUCAGGACAUCGACAAUCUGAUGGCGGAGGGGAACAAGUCGAGGACGGUAGCUGCAACGAACAUGAAUUCCGAGAGUUCACGGUCGCACGCUGUAUUCUCCGUGAUCCUGACGCAAACGUUGACGGACUCGAAGAGCGGCGUCAGCGGUGAAAAGGUCUCGCGGAUGAGCCUGGUGGACUUGGCAGGGAGCGAAAGGGCUGUGAAAACUGGAGCAGUGGGCGAUAGGCUUAAAGAAGGAAGCAAUAUAAACAAAUCCCUAACGACGUUGGGUCUAGUCAUUUCGAAGCUGGCGGAUCAAAAUUCCGGAAGUAAUAAGAAUAAGGACAAGUUCGUGCCGUACAGGGACUCCGUUCUGACGUGGCUGUUGAAGGAUAACCUUGGCGGGAACAGUAAGACCGUAAUGGUAGCCACUAUAUCUCCUGCCGCGGAUAAUUACGAGGAAACGCUUUCAACCCUGCGAUACGCGGACAGAGCCAAGAGAAUCGUUAAUCACGCGGUGGUCAACGAGGAUCCAAAUGCAAGAAUCAUUCGGGAAUUAAGGCAGGAAGUGGAGGCGUUGAAAGAGAUGCUAUUACAUGCAACUGGACAAGGCUCGAUAGUGGGCCAGCAACGCACAGACAUAACGGAGAAGCUGUCGGAAUCGGAACGAUUAAUGAAGGAAAUGUCGCAAACGUGGGAGGAAAAACUGGUGAAAACCGAGAGGCUGCAACACGAAAGGCAGCAGGCCUUAGAAAAAAUGGGAAUCAGUGUUCAAGCCUCUGGUAUCCAAGUGGAAAAGAACAAGUAUUAUCUCGUAAAUCUAAACGACGACCCUAGCUUGAACGAGUUGCUAGUUUAUUAUCUGAAGGAAAGGACUCUGGUUGGAGGACGUUCGGCAAAGACAGACCAAGACAUUCAGCUGCACGGGCUUGGUAUUCUGCCUGAACACUGUGUCAUCACGAUAGAGGAAACUGGCCUCUAUAUGACACCAUUAAACGGUGCUAGGUGUUUCGUGAACGGCACUCAGGUAGUAGAGAAAACACCGUUGUUACACGGUGACAGGAUCGUCUGGGGAAAUCAUCAUUUCUUCCGGGUGAAUUGUCCCAGAAGUGCAACAGCGAUCAACAGUGAGCCUCAGACGCCGGCACAGAAUAUUGAUUACACUUUUGCACGAGAAGAACUGAUGCUUAACGAGUUGUCGAACGACCCUAUUCAAAGAGCUAUCGCUAGACUCGAGAAGCAGCACGAAGAAGAUAAACAGGUCGCGUUAGAGAAACAGAGGCAAGAGUACGAACGGCAGUUUCAGCAACUUCGCAACAUUUUGUCUCCAUCGACACCAUAUUCCCCUUACGUACCAUACGAUCCCCUGCGGGGCAGUCAAAGCAGUAAACUUCCUGCUUGCACGCCAACUACGCAAAUGCGAGUAGAGAAGUGGGCCCAGGAAAGAGACGAGAUGUUCAAAAGGAGUUUAGGCCAAUUGAAAGCGGACAUCUUAAAGGCGAACGCAUUGGUGCAGGAGGCAAACUUCUUGGCGGAAGAGAUGGGGAAGCAAACGAAAUUUAGCGUCACUUUACAGAUUCCGCCAAACAAUUUAAGUCCAAAUAGAAAGAGUGUAUUUUUUCAGCGGGGCGCCUUCGUCAGCGAGCCUGCGAUUCUAGUGAAAAGGACAAACAUGGGCAGCCAGGUGUGGUCCAUGGAAAAAUUAGAAAACAAAUUAGUCGAUAUGCGGGAUAUGUACGAGGACAGAAAGGAUCCCAACAAUUGUCAACGAUUACCUGCCAUUAAGGAUGAAGUGCCCGGGAAGACUCAAGACCCGUUCUACGAGUCCCAGGAGAAUCACAAUCUCAUUGGAGUAGCGAAUAUUUUCUUAGAGGUUCUGUUUCACGACGUUCGGUUAGAUUAUCACACGCCAAUUAUCAGUCAACAAGGAGAAGUCGCUGGACGACUGCAGGUCGAAAUUAGUCGCAUAUCUGGUCACUUUCCUCAGGACCGUAUCUGCGAGGCAGCAUCAGAAUCGUCGAAUGACUCGACCUCGUCAGAACCUGAGGAUUAUUCCGGAUCGAGCUUCAUCACUUGUCGCGUGACCAUCAAACAAGCAACUGGUUUGCCUCUGUCACUGAGCCAUUUUGUAUUUUGUCAAUAUAUGUUCUGCGGACAUCCAGACCCCAUAGUGGUCCCAGCCAUCGACAAUUCCGAACAAUUAACUUCGAAUUGCCAGAUAGGGCAGAGAGACUCUCUGGUGUUCAAGUUUAAUCACACGAAAGAUUUUACCGUGCCCAUAACGGAGGAGUUUAUCGAACACUGUAGCGAAGGGGCCUUAAGCAUAGAAGUUUGGGGACACCGAAGUGCCGGAUUUUCGCGAAGUAAACCAGGUUGGGAAGUGGAGCAGCAGCUUGCUAAAGCUAGAUCUCUGGCUGAUCGAUGGUCAGAGUUAACGCGGAAGAUCGAAUUGUGGGUCGAAAUUCAGGAACUAAAUGAGCAAGGGGAAUAUUCACCGGUGGAUGUGGUUGUGAAACAAGAUACAUGGACAGGAGGUAUUUAUCAGUUACGUCAAGGACAGCAACGACGAAUACAAGUUCGUGUGAAACCAGUACAAAAUUCAGGAACAUUGCCCAUAAUUUGUCAGUCGAUAUUAAAUAUAGCAGUUGGUAGCGUGUCUGUAAGGAAUCGUCUUCAGAUUCCAUUGGAUAGUUAUCAGGACGAAGACUUAAGUAUACUAAGGGAAAAGUGGAGCGAAGCUUUAAUGAGAAGGAGACAAUACUUGGAUCAACAGAUACAGAAACUCAUUAACAAACAAGAUAAAACUGAACAAGAUAUUGAACGAGAACAAAGCCUCGUGGAUCAGUGGGUCAGUCUCACAGAAGAAAGAAACGCAGUGUUAGUCCCUGCAGCAGGCUCAGGUAUUCCUGGUGCACCUGCUGACUGGAACCCCCCUCCAGGAAUGGAACCACAUAUACCUGUUCUCUUCCUUGAUCUCAAUGCCGAUGAUCUUUCAACACAUCAGUCGGGAGAAGAAGUCUCCGUAACCGGAUUAAAUUCCAUCUUACCAAAGGAACAUGGCAAUAAAUUCUACAAUUUACCCAUAAUUCGUCGCAUAGAGAAAGAUGUGUGCGCUAUCGCUGCUUGGGAUUCCAGUAUACACGACAAUAUACAUCUGAACAAAGUCACAGAUGCAAACGAGCGGGUUUUUUUAAUUUUGAAAACAACGGUGCGCCUCUCACACCCGGCGCCAAUGGACCUUGUGCUGCGUAAACGAUUAGCCUUGAACAUCUACAAACGGCAAAGUAUCACAGACAGAAUCUUCAAGAGAAUCGUUCGUACCGACUGCUUAACUCAAACUGGAGUCACUUACGAAGUCGUGUCUAAUAUACCAAAGGCUAGCGAAGAAUUGGAAGAUCGCGAGAGUUUGGCACAAAUAGCUGCAAGUGGCGAAGACAAUAGCUUAUGUGAUGGUGAGACUUACAUCGAAAAAUAUACACGCGGUGUUUCUGCGGUGGAAAGUAUCUUAACUUUAGACCGAUUACGACAAAGCGUCGCGGUAAAAGAAUUACUGCAAGCACAGGGUCAACCACUUAUGCGCAAGACAGCAAGCGUACCCAACUUCUCGCAGGUACUACUGCCUCUCCGCCGUCUCGGACGCACUAUCAUGAGAUCCGAUACUUCGAUGGACUCUUUGAACGUUACGCGUUCUGAAAGCGUGACUGAUCUCAACACAGAGUUGAACGGGCUGCUUCAUUCGCGACGUGCAUCCACGGGUCACACCAGAAACGAUGAGAACUUCGUUUCUGCGCCGGCUAAACCAUUCGGAAUCGCACGCCAACAAAGAGGCUCCAUUCUGAACUCAGCGAGACCAACCUUCCUGAAUUUGAACCUGAAUCUCAACUCAUUGACACGUCUGCAACAAUCCACCUCUGCCAAGUCAUCUCCGAAUAUGGUCGGUGGCAAAUUGGGUCUACGAAUGACCACUCUGCACGAGGAAACAUCGAACACUGGCAACCAGUUGUCGACGCCCGUACACGACGAGGACGAAGAGAAGAGCGACGCUGAUUACUCGGAAUACGACUCGUACCAGGCACCGGCGAAACCAGUAAAACCGCUAACUUCUUCACGCACACUGGAUUCUCUUGUCGAACUUCAAUCGACGAAGAUCAACACGCCAAGCAUGAGCAGCAGCGGCUACGGUUCACAAGCGGUGUCUACGACCAAUCUCACGUCCGAGGACUCCAUCUCCGUUAAAUCUAUCAGCGUGGACGAGACACCAGACCUGGAAUACAGAAAUCUGUUGGAUUAUAAGAAACCAGAGAGAAUGGACAGCUCACUGGUGGAGGAAACGCCGGAGGAAUAUAUGGGUGAAGUGACUAACGCGUUGGGCAACUUAAACGUGAUGGAGAACACUUGCGGCGAGGAACAUACUAGAAAGAACUUGGACGAGACAGGUGCCUACAUGGACGCAGACAUCGACAGUCCGGUUUCUUCGACGAAAAGCGAUGGCGAUGCAAAUACCAAUGUGUCGCGUACAAGUUCUACUCAUCGUCAGAAGAAGGAUAUACCAAGUCAGGGUUUGAGCAACAGAAGGAAAAGCGACAUGGAGAUUAGUCAGGCAUCGAAUUCUGGAGAAGACAGCCCUCUGGAGGGUAGCUCGGUUGUACACACGAAGCUACCACCAGGAAAGGUCGUACGUCGAAGGAAAGCUUCUACUAGUACAGGAAGGCCUACGAGUUCUCAGCACAGGGCUUCAUUCCCCAUGGUCCGUCCACAAGUUUCAGAGAGCAAAGCAGCAGCACGACUCGAACAAUCAAUGCAACCUAACAUUCCCUAUGAGAACGGUGACAACAGCUCCUCUGAACGAAUCGAUGACGACGUGAGCGACAAGAGUUCAGCUUUUGGAUCGAGACACGACUUAAGUAGAGUCGAAACUCCGCUCCCGGAUUGGGUUAUAGUUGGUGAAUCGGUGCUGGUUCGCCCAUACAGCUAUUCUGGUGUCAUAGCGUACGUUGGCCCAACAGAGUUUGCAACCGGGACGUGGAUAGGAGUUGAACUCGAUGCCCCGACAGGUAAAAACGAUGGUGCUGUGAAUGGCCAUAGGUACUUCACGUGUCGACCGAAAUGCGGUAUCUUCGUUAAAGUGGACAAACUAAUUCAGGACAAACGUGGCCGAGCACUUAGAAACUAUGUCUCUGUCCCUCAACCUGCACCGAUGCGUCGAAGCGUCAGCAGAGGUGAGGGUUUACAUUCCUUGCACCGAAGUCGAAGCCGAGGGGAGGGCCUUUCAACGACAGGCACGCGAUCUUCUCCACGGGGCAAGUAAACGGAUCACAACGCCGCUUCACCAGUAACUUCGUUCUACUAAUAAGCCACUAAAUAUCCUAAUUGCUACAUGCCUAUGAUAUGUGUAGCAGCAGUGUUUCAGUCCCUUAGACAUUAGGGCAGUUAUGGAUUAAUUAAUACUUAUAAAUAUUACUUGAAAUAUUAGGUCAUUGUAAUGUGUAUCACACAAAGCAUGGGACGUUCUGUCAAAGAAACUUUUUUUCUGGUGUUUUUUUUUUUCUCGAACAGAACAUGCUGUUCUGAAAGCAUAGUAUCUACAACUACUUCGCAUCUUCAGUAGCAUAGCGAGAGCGAGAGAGAGAGCGAGUAUAGCGCGAAAGGGAGAGAGAGAAAGAGUGAGAGAGAAUGAGUAUUAAACAAAAAGCGCAAGAAACAUCGAUACGAAGAAAAGUUUCGUCUUUGCGUAUCGAAAGUCAGCGAACGAUGUUCAAUCGAAUAUAUAUAGUAUAUAUAUAUAAUUUGUAAGCAUUCCACAAAAAACUUUUAAUUUUAACGACUGGGAUGAUGAGCCAUUUACUUUUUACAUAAGACGAAGCAUCAUUUAGUUCGCGUAUUAAUUGUACAUUUUUUAAUACUAAUUGAAAAAAUAGGGAAAAACAGAGUCAGUUAUUUUGAUCGUAAUCUUCUACCAUUGGUGGUAAAUCAAGGCUCGUUUUAAACAAUAAUAUUCCAUAAUUUCUAAGCAUCGAUUGCAUUUAAAAGAAAAGAAAAAGAAACAGAAUAAAUAUCGACACGAAUAUUAAAUAUAUUACAAUAUGUACAAUAAUCAUAUGAAUUAAAAUAAAAAAAAAAGAAAUAACAAUUUGGCAAUUUUAUGGAAAUUGCCAGUGAAUAUAUAUAUAAAUAGACAGAAUAUGAAAGACACUCUCCAAAAUUGCCGGGCCGGUAAUUUGAAACAAUGGAGAUGUAGCCAACAGAGGAAUAAAUCACACGGGACGGCCAAAAACUAAAAUAAAUGUGAAGAUGAUGAUUCUUUUCAUGAGACACGAAUUUACCGCGUUGCGUAGAUUAUUUAAAGAUUUUAUAUGUAUACAAUUGUUUCAUAUAUAUUGUAUUUUUUUAGCGCAAUCUGUUAAGUUCCUUUUUAUUGUAACAUACAAUUAUUGUCCUCUGUCCAGCAUUACGUUGUUAACGCGAACAUGACACGCAAUUAAUUUAUACGGCGCAAAAGUGUAUGGAAGAAACUGUGCGUGUUGCAUGACGAUAUAAAUUGAAGAUAAAAAAAGAAAUUCACAUUGGCUAUCGUCUCUGUCGUAAGUGAUUGUCAGUGUUGGUCAUCGAUCGAUUAAAAUCUUAACAAAUUA